UUAUUUUAUGCCCACUGCUUGUUGCCACAUACUCUGGCUGGACACUGGGAUAUUCAUGGUGAACAAAGCAGAGCCAUAUGUUUCUGUGAUGUGAGCAAAAUUCUGCUGGAGAAGAUGGGAAGAAACCACCAACAUAGAAACAGAAUUUGAUGAGUUAUGGAUGAUCAUGAUCAAGACACCAGGGUUGAUUCCAGGGAGGUUGACUAGGAACACCUUUCUGAAGAGGUGUUUACCUCUGAGGAGGUAAAACUGAAGGGGUAAAAAGGAGCCUGAGGUGAGUAGAUCUGGGGGGAGGGAUUUGGAAGAAGCUGCAGCAGGUGCUAGAGCCCUGAGGCAGGCUGAGCACUGUGGCUAGAAUGCAGGGACCAUGUGGAGAGGGGGCAAAGAGAUGAAAUCAAAGAACUACCUAGUGGCCAGGUCUGACUCAACCAAAUAGGCCAAGCAGGGAGAAAAGGUUUCAUUUGAAGGAGAUGGCACAAGAGAUGACAUUGACCAUCACAGACAUAGGUCAAGGUGCUCUCUACUGUAUUGUCCAGAGAAGAAUGGGGAGCAGGAUUGGAGAGAAGAAGGGAAGUCACUCAGUGUGGAAAGAAGGGGUGGCAGUACAUCAGGGGAAGGAAGGAAAUGAGCAGAUGAGAGACAUGCAGAUAGGAUGGGCUGGAGGAUGCAGGAUUUAUAGGACUUGGGUUGCAGCAACUGGAGGGAUGUCACUGCCUUGGAUGAUGAAAAGACAGUGUAGGAAAAGGACAGAUCUGUGAGGCAGGAGAAAAUAUAGAGCAGCUUGGUGCAUGGAAAUGCUGUGAAGCAGUGGCAGAUGGUGGUGUAGACCAGGAGAGGAGGGAGAACAGGCCCAAUCUCUAGGUGGCUGGGGAAUCAGGGGACCUGACUGGAGCAGGAAGAAGCUGGAAGAGGUGACAGCGCCCAAGAGGACACUAGAUGGGCCCUGUACCUGGCCCUGCCUCCUUGCCCUCUCCAGGGUAGACUGAUGCUAAAGUCCACACAUCCAGAGCACAGGCCGCUCAGCAUGGACAGACCCCUGUCUCCACCCUCUGGGAAGGGCUGUCCCUCCCCUCUCUUCUCUGGGGAGGCCAUUGAUUUCUACUGGGGAUCCAGGAGAGACACCAGAGGCGCAGCAGGUGUGCAGACCCCUCUCUGUGUGUCUCUGGGUGGGGAAGGCGCACUCUCAGCCUCACAUCGCCCCCAAGUUCCUGCUUCAGCAUCUUCAUGCCUCUCAGCUCUCUUCUCACAUUCCCAGCCCCCCCCACCCCCCCAGUUCCCAGUGGAACAUCAAGUUUGGCAAGAGGACGAGAGUGGAAAGUGAUGGUCUAGGAUGCUGGAGCCUGAGACCCCAGAAGGGGCUGGACAAGGAAGCUGAGAGGGGGAAAAAAGCAGAAAUGAGAACUUGAAGACUGACCCUGUGCGAGGAGGCUCCACUUUGUCCACUCCUGGGAUCUGGCACAGCUGCAGGUGACCUCUGUGCUGUAGGAAUGACUGUGAGGGACUGGGCCACCUGGCUGCCUCCAGCUCUGCUGCUCCUUCACAUCCUAGGCUGUUUCUCUCUGAGAAGCCCCAACACCGUGAUGGGCAUCGUAGGGGGCUCCUUGAGUGUGCAGUGUGAGUAUGAGGAGGACUACAGGGCUGCAAAGAGCGUCCAGUGCUCAUAUAUCUUCAACAUUGUGAUGACAGAAGGGUCAGAAAAAGAAGUGAGGUAUGGCCGAUUGUCCAUCAAAAACUACUCUGCACACCUGACCAUCGAAGUGACCUUAGACAACCUUACACGGGAGGACAGCAGCACAUACUGGUGUGUGUUUGGCAGAGGUCAUGGUCUUAAAUACAUCACUGAGGUUACUGUGCUGGUGUCCCCAGCCAUGAUCAAAGCAUCCAGUCCCCUGAACUCCACAGGCAUAGCUGGUCUCCCUAUGACCCUGACAGUGCACACCCCGCCCAGAUCCACUGCUCAAGACAGCCCUGGCCCCAGCCCACAGCCUCGGUGCCUGCUGGACAGCGCCCCGUUCCUGAUCCUAGUGCUCUUGAAGCUGCUGCUGCUCUUCAGUGCUCUGGGUGGCAUCCUCUGGGCGAGCAGGCCUCAGAGAAGCCAGGGGGCCGGGCAGCAUCGGCCAGAUGAUGAGGACGGGUCACCCCGAUGCCCUUAAUGCCCUGCCAAGCCAUACACUC